GCUUUACCUUAGAAUAAAGGGACCAAAUCUGAUCGGGGAUAGGUGCGGGAGUGAUGUUUUCGAAAUAUUGGUUGAACGACGGCGAGCGAGGUGGCUGAACGUGAUGGAGAGGAAACACGUGAGCGAAAAGAGACCGUGGCAGAGACAGAGAAAGUGGGAGAGCGAUAAACCAAUAGCAAGAGAUGUCUCGGGCAUGCCAUGUCCAUUCGAAUUUUUUUGGACCGUUGGCGUCCGACACAGACAAGGUAACGGUUUUCGAUUCAAAAUAUCCGCAACCACCCCCCCCCCCCCCAAAAAAAAAAAAAACUUCCAUACCGUUGGCCACAUCUUUUCUUUCCGCAGAUACCAACCCCAAAAUAAAACAAAGAAAAAGCCAGAGCCAACCCCAUUGAUCAAUGGGCUGUGUUUCGUCAAAACACUUCAGACAAGAUCUCAAGCAAGAAGUCCAUUUCAACAAUGGCGGCGAGUGUGUGAACCAUUUGGUCUCUCUCACUUCAAGCUCCUAUGGUCUUCUCAACUUGGACAAUGAGAAACCCAUCGAAGAGCACUGUGUCGCAGAGAGUAGGAUGUUACAGAGAUCUCCUCCGCCCGAGGAGCCAGAAGUCAUUAAUGCUUGGGAACUCAUGCAAGAUCUUGAAGAAGGAAUGCCCAUUUCUAAUACUAAAGCCAAGAAAAGCCCGAAACCAAGAGCUUUUCUCCGUGGUUUCGUGGGUUUCGAUGCUAAGAGUCCGCUGAAGUUCUCGAAUCAGAUUGAUUCUCCGAAGAAGGCGAAGAGAUUUGCUGGGAAAGAGAAUAAGGGACGGGUUAAUUUGUUCGGACGUUCUGACUAUAGCCCGAAAGGGAUUCUGAAAACUAGGAAUCAUACCGAAGAUUCGUGUAACGCAGCGUUGAAUUUAAGUUAUCCGGUGAAAGGGUCUCUAAUCGGGAGGCAGAAAAGAGAGAGUCUUGGCAGCGAUUCGGGGCUUUCCUCCCGACGGAAGAGCUUUAGUCCCCUAUUUGAUCCAGAGCUUCUUGCCUCUUACGAGAAAGAAUUGUCUGAAGAGGAAGAACAGAUCAAAAGGAUGGUGUUACCGACAGCGAAAUUCCGUAAAGCGAGAAACUCCAGAGGGUUGGAGUCUAUUCUUCAUUUGUUUGAGAUGAAGUGCCCGCCGGGUGGAGAAAAUGCGGUUGUUAUCUACACCACCACUCUACGAGGAAUCAGGAAGACUUUUGAAGACUGCAACAAUGUCCGGUCGAUCAUUGAAUCGCAUUGUAUUCAGGUGAUGGAGCGCGAUGUAUCCAUGGAUUCAGGAUUCAAGGAAGAACUGAGGGGACUAAUGGAGACAAAGCAGGUGAAAGUUCCACUCCUGUUCGUGAAGGGGAGGUUGAUUGGGGGAGUAGACGAGGUGGUGACGUUGGAAGAAGAGGGGAAACUGAGCAGUCUGUUGGAUGGGAUUCCAAGGGCUUUAGGAGGGUGCAAAGGGUGUGCCGGAGUAAGGUUUGUGAUGUGCAUGGGCUGCAGUGGGAGUUGCAAGGUUUUGGAUGGGGAGCAAAUGAAGAUGGUGAGGUGUGGUGAGUGCAAUGAGAAUGGGUUGAUUCAUUGCCCGAUUUGCUGUUAAUUCUAUUACAAUGAUUAAUCAUAUCCUUACCUUUGGUUUAAUCGCUCUCUCUUUUUCUUUUUCUUUUUUUGGGUUAUAUGGGAAUUGGGGUUCUAAAGUGGGUUUUAGACCCUCCCGAAUGCUGUAUGUUUUGAUUUGCUUGCUCUAUUAUGGGGAAGUGUUUUUUUUUUUUAACUCACCAUA